GAGCAUGGCUAUGAGCAUGGAUCACUUCACUGGAAUAAAGAAAGAGCAUCAGCCAUUGCUUUAAUUCCACUUAUCACAACUCAGUUUGUGUACGGUCCGCACUCAAUUGUUGAUGGCUUAUUAGGCGUAGUUUUACCGUGGCAUUUGUACUUGGGAUUCGAUUCCUGUAUUACAGAUUAUAUACAAAAGAGAAAUUACCCCAGGUUGCACAAAUUAGCGAAUUGGACACUGGCCGGCACAACUGGUCUGGUGAUGUGGGGCUGUUAUGAGUUCAAUACAAACGAUAUCGGUAUUACCGAGCUCAUGCAAAGAUUUUUCACUGCUUAG